AUGGCCGAGAUCGCAUCGAUCGUCAACCUCGUCAACGAAUAUGCAUUCCUCUUUGGGAAGAGCAACGGCAGCUCGACGCAGCUCCUCGAGCUCUUCACGCCCGACGCGACGCUCACCGACGACUUUGCCGGCGAAGCCAACGGCCACGACGAGAUCCGCGCGGCGCUCGAGACGCUCUUUGAGCUCGAGUUCCUCUCGGAGACGAGUCACAUUCCGCAGGGCCACCACGUGAUCUUUGACUCGGACAACGCGGCCAAGGUCACAUCGUAUACCGUCAUGUUUUGGAAGUGCAACCCGUCCAUGAUUGUGCGGUGGACCGAUAAGGUCGUCAAGACCGAGCACGGCUGGCGCUUUGCGGCGCGCACGUCGGAAGCGAUCCAGAAGAACCUCGAGCACCUCGGCGAGAUGCAGCUCCGCGGCAAGAAGAGCUAUGCGUCCCAUGAGUAA